AUGGUACGCGCCGAAGGAGCUGUGGCCACGGCUUGGCGUCUGAGCGCCCUGCAGCGCUGUCCCCCGAAGGAUGAUGCAGCCAUUGUGGGGGCCGUGAGGCUCUUCUCCGUGCUGAUUGCUGCCCUCACCAUGGACCUGGCUGGCCGCAAGGUCCUGCUCUUUGUCUCAGCCACCAUCAUGUUUGCUGCCAACCUGACGCUGGGGCUGUAUGUCCACCUCGGUCCAAAGCCUCCGACUCCCAACAGCACCGUGGAGCUCGAGAGUGCGCCCUUGGGGGGCACGGAGCAGCCCCUGGCCGCACCCACCAGCUACCUUACCCUGGUGCCCCUGGUGGCCACCAUGCUCUUCAUCAUGGGCUACGCCAUGGGCUGGGGGCCCAUCACCUGGCUCCUAAUGUCUGAAAUCCUGCCCCUGCAAGCCCGCGGGGUGGCCUCGGGGCUCUGCGUGCUGGUCAGCUGGCUCACCGCCUUCGCCCUCACCAAGUCCUUCCUGCUGGUGGUGAAUGCCUUUGGCCUCCAGGUGCCUUUCUUCUUCUUUGCUGCCAUCUGCUUGGUCAACCUGCUGUUCACCGGCUGCUGCGUGCCUGAGACCAAGGGCCGGUCGCUGGAGCAGAUCGAGUCCUUCUUCCGCACUGGGAGGAGGUCCUUCCUGCACUAGGUCAGGGUCCCCACCUGGGAGGGGCCAAGCACUGGACGCCGGGCCUCUGUGCUGGCCACAAGCCUGAACCCCAAGCCCAGGGGGCGACAGCAACAUGCCAUCAGACGGAGCCCAGGACCAGACAGAAGCAUGACAGGCCCCCCCGAGUGCGCUUCUGGCCCUGGGCAGGCUGGGCCCCAGCCUGGGCCCCAGCUCAGCCGUGCCGCACGCUCGUCGGCCAAGACCUGCUGGCAGAGGAGACAGCCAUGGGCCACAGGGGAGUACAUGGCCCGGGGUCCAGGAUGAAGCCGGGGCUGAGCAGGGGAGUACGCAGCCCAAGGUCCAGGACAAGGCCCUGCUGGGUGACCCCAGGGCCUUGGCCCUUACUCAGGCUCAGAGGAUGCCCCACACAGGGCUGCAAUGAGGACAGAGCCAGGCAGGGCAAGAGGCAGUGGACGGCUCCACACAAGGACGUCGUCGUGCCAUUUUGUUCUGAUCACUUAGUCACCAUUGAGCAUCCUAACCACAGGGAGGAAGACAGAUCUGCACUUCUGAAAGCUGUGGAUGCCACAGAGAACAUUCUGGACUCCCAGGCCAGGGCACAAAGCCCAAUACAGACCUUCCUCCUACACCCACCCGAUCUCUGGGAACAGGGCUCUUAAGUGCCCCUGUCUGUAAA